ACAUGUAAUCUAGAGGCUCAAAAGAGUUGGGGCAAGUGGUCCCAUGCUAUCCUUUUUUGUCAUGUUAUCUGACUGGUUACUUGGAUGUUCUGGAACUUGUGGUGUAUAUGCCCCCUGAUUGGGGUUUUGCAGAUAGGGGAAAAAUGGCCUUUGCAGUUGGAAGAUGCCUUCAAAUUCUGCCAUGCUCUAAUUUUUCUUCUUCUUCUUCAGCUUUCCUUGGGAAGAACAAUGGCAGAUUAUGGGUAACAUAUUUGCCUGGUAGAGAAGGAUAUGGAAGGCAUUACUCUCGAGCUGUGGUUCAAGCCCAGCAACGCCCCACAUGGCUUCCUGGCCUUGACCCUCCCCCCUACCUGGAUGGAAGCCUAGCUGGAGAUUUUGGGUUCGACCCACUUGGGCUUGGCGAGGACCCUGCAAGCUUGAAGUGGUAUGUGCAGGCUGAGUUGGUUCAUGCUCGGUUCGCUAUGGCUGGAGUUGCUGGAAUUCUUGUUACCGAUUUGUUCCGGGUAACAGGAAUCAUCGAUUUGCCAGUGUGGUAUGAAGCGGGUGCCACAAAAUUUUCAUUUGCCAGCACCAGAACUCUGUUCAUAAUCCAACUAAUUUUGAUGGGAUUUGUAGAAACCAAAAGGUACAUGGACUUCACUAAUCCAGGAUCUCAAGCCAGAGAUGGCGCUUUCUUUGGGAUGGAAGUUGCACUUGAAGGUUUAGAACCAGGAUACCCAGGUGGCCCUUUGCUGAAUCCUCUCGGCCUGGCGAAAGACAUAAAGAAUGCUCAUGAAUGGAAGCUGAAAGAGAUCAAAAAUGGAAGGCUUGCAAUGGUAGCCAUCCUUGGCUUCUUCGUGCAAGCACAGGUGACUCACGUUGGCCCGAUCGACAAUCUCGUGUAUCACCUCUCCGAUCCCUGGCACAGAACGAUUAUUCAAACUCUUGCUGGAUCUGGUUAAACCAAUGUAAAUUGAUCUCUUGAUUGACCAACUUGAAAUCCUCCCCAAUUAUGUCACAAAUUCAUUCAACAUUCCAUUUACUUGUUUAUGGAAAAGCUAUAAUUGGGAAGGAAAAACCUCCUGCAA